CCGCGACUCCACCCCUCCUGCAGACGAAGGCAUGGCGAGCACCGAGGCUAGAAGGGAGUGUGAGACAGAGGGCUGCAGCGAGGACGCCAAACUUCAGUGUCCCACAUGUAUCAAGCUUGGUAUUCAAGGCUCCUAUUUCUGUUCACAGGUUGUGCACGACCAUGCAUGUGAUUGUCAGACAUCAGAAUGUUUCAAAGGGAGCUGGGUCUCUCACAAGUUGCUGCACAAAAAAGCAAAGGAGGACAAGAACCAGAAUGAGUCUAAGAACUGUGUGGAGAAUGACAUCAACACAGACCCAUGGCCGGGCUACCGCUACACAGGGAAACUACACCCUUACUACCCACUGACUCCCAUGAGGCCUGUGCCGGGUGACAUCCAAAGACCUGACUAUGCGGAUCAUCCCAGAGGAAUAUCUGAGUCUGAGCAGUUCCUGAAGGGGACGUCACAGAUCAAGAUCCUUUGUCCUGAGGACAUUGAAGGCAUGAGGGUCGUGUGCAAGCUGGCACGAGAAGUCCUGGACAUUGCAGCCUUGUUGGUGAAAGUGGGUGUUACAACAGAAGAAAUCGACCAUGCUGUGCAUCUGGCUUGCACAGCGAGGAACUGCUACCCCUCCCCUCUCAACUACUACAACUUCCCCAAAUCCUGCUGCACGUCUGUCAAUGAAGUCAUCUGCCACGGCAUCCCAGACAGAAGACCAUUACAAGAAGGAGAUAUCCUCAACGUGGACAUCACCGUCUACCACAACGGUUUCCAUGGUGACCUCAAUGAAACCUUCUAUAUCGGCGAGGUGGAGGAAGAAGCAAAGAAACUGGUGCAGACCACAUAUGAAUGCCUUAUGCAAGCCAUCGACUCUGUGAAGCCUGGCAUUCGCUACAGAGAAUUAGGUAACAUCAUUCAGAAGCACGCUCAGGCCAACGGCUUCUCUGUUGUGCGCAGCUACUGUGGACACGGUAUCCAUAGACUUUUCCACACAGCUCCCAAUGUGCCACAUUAUGCCAAAAACAAAGCAGUUGGAGUUAUGAAGCCCGGCCACGUGUUCACCAUUGAGCCCAUGAUAUGUGAAGGUGGUUGGCAAGACGAGACGUGGCCCGACGGCUGGACGGCGGUGACCAGAGACGGGAAGCGCUCUGCUCAGUUCGAACACACCCUGCUGGUGACGGAGACCGGCUGCGAGAUCCUCACCCGCCGCAUGGAGGACAACGGUCGCGCUCAUUUCCUCAACCAAGUGUAGGCUGGACUUGAACGCAUCCAAAGACUGGACUUGCCAGACACACACACCCAGCACUUCUGGGUCUCUCUCACACACACACACACACACACACACACACACACACACACACACACACACACACACACACACACGCACAUCUCAAACAAGAAGCACCACUCCUAGAGCUCAGUUUAACUGUUGCUCUCAUUGUUCUUUGAAUUAAAUAUCGGUUCCUCAAAAUUAAAUGGAAGUACUUGAAUGUGUCUUAUAUCAAACGUGGAUCGCUUUAUUAGUGAAAACUGUAUCCUCUGAAGAAAAACCUGAACAUAUUUAUGAGAUAUGGUUUUGCUUAGUGGCCUGUUUUGACCUUUGUGGUCAUGUCACCCAGAGUUGUUACUGGCUGGCUAGUUGUUGUCUUUUGGUGUGUGUGGUGCUCAGGGCAGAUCCAACUAGUAAACAAGCUUCUUUUCUCUCAGCCUCUGCUAACUUCAUAUGAAUCUCCCAGAGGUGGACUGAGAAGAAUCAGCAAUACUAGAGACAGAGGGAGGGUUCCUGGAAACUGGGUCAACAAGUCUCAAAAAUUCCAGAAAUGUAAAACUUAUUUUAGAUUUAGUUUAGAUUUCAGGCAACACUUCUUGCACAGAGUUAGAUGAGAAGAUCAAUACCACUCAUGUCACAAGGAGACACUUAGCUUAGCUUAGCAUAAAGACUGGAAGCAGGAGGAAGCGGUUGGCUUGACUCCUCUUAAAACAAUGUGCCUCCCAGCUCCCAGAAAGCUCACUAAUUAACAGAUUAUGUCUCGAUCUGUUGUUUUCACAGUGGGUUAUUUGUCAUUUUUACACUUAGUUUUCUGUAUGGAUUACACAAACAAAAAUAACUAAUAAUUAGUGAGCUUUUUAUGUGCUGGUAGGUGGAUUUUGUCACAAGAGUAAAAAGCAACAUUUUCCAAAUGAAAUAAUUUCUGUACCAAUUGUGAACAUGUGGAAAAUAAUCAAUAAUGUAUUGAACUCUUGCUUUGUACCAGCCUGCUGGGUAUUUAAUCACAAUAAUAUAUAAUGACGUGUCCAGUAGCACUCUAACUCGAUGGUUAUAUCCUGAAUGUGGCUAUUAGAGCAGUUAGUUUUCAGUAGAUUACGUCAGCCAUGGUUGCUAGGAGAAUUGUGAUGCAACCUCAGAGCAUCUUCAUAGAUGUCCAGAAUGAGAAUCACGGCAUAGAGCACAAAGCCGUUGAAGCACUGAGCUUGUUAAUCCUGCUUUGAGGAAUACUCUUUUUAAUGUCUCAUGUUUUCAAUAGCCCUGGUGUAGCAAAUCGAGCCUUAAUGUGUGAAUCUAGGAAUAUAAACAUGCCGGAUGUCUCGCGGCACGUUAACUCGUGUUUCCCUUCUCUCGACGGUCACCAUUCAUCUUGACGUGGGGCUUUUCCUGGUGUGAGCUGCAUUCUUUCUUUCUAUUUUCAGAGGAUUAAUGUGAUCACAGUUUCUCUGCCAUCUUUGUAUUUCUUCUAAUGGAGUAAUAAAUGACUCUUAUGUAGCUGUG